CGACGCCUGGAACGCCUCUCCCAGAAGUUCGGGAACUCUUUAGGUGGAUGCUGCUCAGAUAACCAGGGCUGUUUUGGUGGGAUGAGAAGUUUUAAAAAUGUGUCUAAAGUUUGAAUCCAAGGGCGUUCUGCACCAGGUGCUGGCCACGUGCACAAUCAACAUCGUCAACUAUGCCCAUGGAGCUGCCCUGGGCUGGGUAUCACCGUUUCUUCCCCUGCUCCAGUCCGAAGAUUCUCCCCUUGAAAGCGGUCCAGUGACCGUGGAGCAGGGCUCCUGGAUAGGUUCAAUCCUGUGUCUGGGCGGUCUGUUUGGAGCCAUAGCUUAUGGUUAUCUUACGGAGAAGAUUGGUGUGAAGAAAAGCAUAGCUUCGUUGUGUAUUUCGAACAUGAGCUUCUGGACAAUAGUCUACUUUGGAACAUCUGUCUAUCAUCUCUAUCUGGCCAGAUUCUUGGCUGGAGUAACUGGAGGAGGCGUCAUCGUGACAUUUCCACUCUUCAUAGCUGAUAUCUCGGACAGCAAGUUAGUCAAUUACUCGACAAAACUUCGUAUCGUAACUAAUAUCUUCAAUUCUCAUAGAGUCCGUGGAGCCCUUGGAUCCAUCCUCGCCCUAGCAGGCAAUUCUGGUAUCCUUACGAUGUACAUCGUCGGAGAUCUCCUGUCGUACCGAACCGUUCCAGUAGUGAUGAUUUCGCUACCAACACUCUUCGCAAUCCUCAUGACUUUAAUUCCAGAAACUCCACAAUCGCUACUUAAGCAGAGAAACGUUGCGCAGGCUGAACAAUCCCUCAAGUUUUACUCUGGACUAAAAUCGGACCAGGAGUGCACUCCAGAGUUCAAGCAGCAGUUUGAAAAGCUCCGCAACUUCAUUUUGAACAGUAAACUACAAAGUGACCGUUUGCAGCUUCAAGACUUCACUUCACCAGCGGCCAAAAAGGGCAUCCUGAUCGGGAUCUUCCUCAUGUUCCUGAACCAGUUCUGCGGAGUCUUCGCCAUCCUGACGUACGCCGUGUCGAUCUUCAGCGAGUCCGGCUCCACGCUGAGCCCGGGAACGUCGGCCAUCAUCAUGGGAGCGAUCCAGAUCGUGGGGACGAUCGCGUCGUUCAUCUUCAUCGAUCUUGCCGGGCGGAAGGUGCUGCUGCUGAUUUCGACGUACGGAACGGGGCUGGGGUUGACCUGUCUGGGGGUGUACUCCUGGAUGAGGUCACAGAGUGUGGACCUGACCGGACUGGACUGGAUACCGAUCGCGAGCCUUUCGCUGACGGUGUUUUUGUUCUGCGUUGGGUUGUGCAACAUUCCGUUCUUUGUGCUGCCCGAGUUGUUGCCGGCGAAGAUUUGCAACGCUGGUAACACAAUCAGCAUGAUAUCAAUCACAAUUUUCUCGUUCAUCAGCUUGAAGAUUCUGCCCAUACUUUUGGAGCAAAUUCAGCUUCAUGGAGCGGUGGCAAUUUUCGCAAGCACUUGCUUCAUUGGAGGCAUCGUGAUUGCGCUUUUUAUUCCGGAAACCAAGGGAAAGAAUUUGGUUAGUCCGGAAAAUGUAUGAAACUACGUUUAGGAAAUACAUAUUAUUUCUAUUUAGUAAAAAAUAAA